UCACUGCGGUAUGGAAGUUUGUUUACGAGGCCCCAACUCCGUCUGGUGCUCGGAAAGAUAAAACUGUUUUAUUGGACAAUCCUCCAACCAGUAAUCUGCUGUCACGUCGUACUGAACAUAGUAGGCUUUUUCAAACGAUUGCCCCAGAAGAGAGUGAAACCGAAGCGAGAUUUCACUCAACUUCAUCCAGGUCAACCGCAUAAUGAGGUUGGAUCAAGUAAGUGCUCAACAAGCCGCAGUGAGGCACGCUUGGUGAGUGUAAAUUGUAAUAAAAGAGAAAACUAGUGUUUAUAUGCCAACAAGUGGACGGUUUGUUGGAAAAGAAGUUACCGCAAUGUUACGUGAAGUGCAAACCGGAAACAUAACCAGACCGGGCUUGAUGCAGGACUGUAGCUUUCAAACCGGAAAUAUAUAAAUCGGAACCGUUGCAGCAGAAGAUUUGGUGGUCGCCGAUUCGCUGUUCCAAGGCCAAUCAAUGGUUGUUGUUGUGGUGUUGAAAAUUGUUGACUAGUUACGGUUCUUUCGGAACAAAAUAACCUUUCCAAACUCGAAAUGCUGGACCCGUCGAGAAAGAAAAAACCGGGUGGAAAUGGUGCGAUAUCCGUGUGGAGUACUAGUACUGCUGGAAUCGACACGGUUCUCGCAACAACGCUAGGAACCACCGUUGCACCGAAAACAUUCAACCAUCUUCAUCAAGCAGGUUUGAGUUACACACCUAGCGGGGGCAACUACACCACCGGAGCAUUGCCGUCCAGAGAACUAGGCAUUGCCCACGAAGCAGGCCUCAAUCACAGUCACUUUCAUAUGCCCAGCAACGGAAACAGUAAUAGUGGAAGCAUCGGAAACAACAGUACCCACAGCCUCAAUCUGCAGCAGCAGGGCCACGGUGCGUUUCCGUGGAAUAAUCGGACCAGUAUUUGCAGUACACAUAAUAAGAGGCGAUCCCACUUAAGCACAAUGUCCCAGACUGGCGAUGAAUAUCACUCGCCCAACUAUCUUUCUUGGCGGAAACUGCAGCUCAGCCGGGCCAAGCUGAAAGCUUCCAGCAAAACUUCAGCUCUGCUAUCAGGGUUCGCAAUGGUGGCCAUGGUCGAAGUGCAGUUGGAUGAGAAUACUAGAGUGCCUCCAGCCAUGCUGAUUGCGUUUGCUGUAUGCACAACGCUGUUAGUAGCGGUUCAUAUGCUUGCUUUAAUGAUUAGUACAUGCAUUCUUCCCAACAUAGAAACAGUAUGUAAUUUGCAUAGCAUAUCGUUGGUACAUGAGUCUCCCCACGAGCGACUUCACUGGUACAUUGAAACGGCGUGGGCAUUUUCGACGUUGCUUGGACUGAUCUUGUUUCUGUUGGAGAUUGCCAUACUAUGUUGGGUGAAGUUCUACGAUCUCAAUACCACUGCGGCCUGGUCAGCCUGCAUAGUUCUCAUUCCAGUCCUAGUGAUUUUCGUAGCUUUUGCUUUUCAUUUCUAUCGGUCACUGAUGACGCACAAGUACGAGGUAACCGUAUCCGGUAUCCGAGAGCUAGAGAUGCUGAAAGAACAGAUGGAGCAGGAUCAUCUUGAGCAUCAUCAUCAUCAUGGGACUCUGCAUCCUUCAGGUCAACAAAUCGUGUGAUAAUGAUAGGCCGACUUCGAAUAAUCAUUUCACGUUUCGCAAUCUCAACAGUUCUAUGCAUACACAAGUUGCCAACUGUGAUUCCCCUUUCCAACAAUACACUUACACCAGCGCCUAGUGAUACAAGUUCACUGGUAUAGGGAAAGUGAGUGGUGAAAGAUGUUUUUAUUAAAUUAUUUCCAACAAAAAAUAAGCGAAAAACUUAGAUGGAACUUAUGUUACUGAACUUAAUGAAACGUUGCGCUAUACCAAAAGAUAAAUAACGAAACCUGUUUGUUUCUUAUACAAUAGCAGCAUACAGUAGAUUGCAUGACUAAGUUGUAAAUAUUCCUUAUUGAACUGAAAAUAAAACAAUUGCGAACAAAGUAGUUGCUCAAACAAGCGCCAAUCCAGGUCCAAUCUAACCUUGAAAAGUAAAUGAAGCAAGUCUAUGUGACGUGUACAAUAUCCAAACAAGUCUAUGUUACUCUUAUGCCAUUAAAAGAAUUAUAAAACGAUCUUAACAAUUUGAUAA